AUGGGAUCGGCUUACUUUGAUAUAGAGUCUAUUCUAGCAGAUCAGCAGAGGGUUCCUUGCUUUUUCGCCUACCCAGUUCCAGGCUACGGAUUUCUCGACGGAAACAAUGAAGCCGACUUACCAGCAAACACGCGAGUGGAACUGCCUUACUGGAUGGCCGAGACAUUAGCUAUACACAACUAUGUCGAACUGGACCUGCCCAAAUUCUACUCUGCUCGUGUGCGUGAAGACCUUCAGGCUGCUCCAACGGCUGUCAAUAUACAUCAUCUGUGUCCAUACUUUUAUGAAUUUGGCAUUCGAAUUGUCAAUCUGUAA